AUGGCUGGCCCCAAUUACGCCAACGCUGGCAGCCUGAAUGAUGCCCGAGAACUACAGAAGAUGUUCAAGGGCCAGAGUAGCGACAGCAGUAGCGGCAAGAACAGAGGCAAGAGUAAAGGCGGUAACUCGCUUCCUAUGAAGCGACAGGAAACCUUUUCGCACUCGCGACGUGGACCACCACCCACGUCUUACCAGACCAAUGUACCCCCUCCCAGCGCCCGCUACUAUACGGCCACUCUUUUGUCUGACCCCUUAAAGCGAGCUCCUGGGCCAAUUCUAGGACCAUCAACUCUAGCUUUCUUGAGUCGCCAAGAUCCAGUACCUCAGGCGCCUGCUGCUCUCGCUCAAACAGCUAAACCGAGCGUCGCGGGAAACCAGGUCAUUAACCCUAUUGUCCCCGCUGUUGCAGCCGCUGAGGUUUCUACGACCACCAGUGUUAGAGAAACAAAAGUCCUAAACAAGGAGGAAGAGACCAAGAAGAGCAUCGCAGGCACGUUCUUUUCUCUAAUGUCGGGAGACUCAGACGAGGACUCGGAUGAAGAACCACCCACCUCUAAAGUCCAGGAUGAGACUGUAAAUAAGUCCAGUGCCGCAAUUUUCUCGAAGUAUUCAUCUGACGAGAUACUGAAGUUAAGGGCAAACGCCGAGAAAGUCGUGGUGCCAUCGAACGUCAUCGUAAGGCGUACCGACAACGAACGAAAGGCACCACUUGCUGCCGCCUUGAGCCAGGCCGCGGUUCAUCUUGCCCGUAUGAAGAAAGAUCUCGAAGGCAAUGCAAGUUCAUUUGGUGCUGGCCUUCAAGUUACCAAUGAUACAGCUUCGAGUGAUUUUCAGGCUGUGAGGCCUCAAGCUACAGUCACUCAGCCCAGUAUUAAUACAGUUGAGACUUCUGAUGUUUCACCCGAACGCAAUCUGCGACCUGUUGUGAAGCUUCCCCAGAUUGCAGGUGUUCAGCAACAGCAUCAAGUCAAGACAGAAUUGUCGUCUGAGAAUACAGACAACACGAGGCUUCGACCAGACGCUCCAGGUUUCGUCCCGAAAAUGACUCCCAAAUUGGCAGAUACUCCCAAGACCCGUAAGCCUACGAAGGGGCUGGGAUCAUCUAUGUGGGCUAAGUAA